CCCUGGCAGUAGCCCUGGAGUUCUGGGGACGAGGGUAUUGCCUUUUUAGGAGACACCUGAUCACAGCCCAGUGCCUCUACACUCACAGAGGCUGCUGAUAAAGAUGUGUGUUAGACUGAGUGAGAGAGAGUGACUGGUGAUUAGGCUGAUAGAUGAGCUCAGAGCUAUGGGGGUGGGGACUGAACUGGACUGCUACCGUUCACAGUUAAAAAGAGAGAUCCAACCACGGCACGUCCCCAUCCAGUUUAGGAAGGACACACCAUUGGAUUACCAGACCAGAGAGCAACACAGCGUGUGACAGCGUCAGAGAGCCUUCUAGGUGGACCAGACGGACAGUGGGCUGUUUUUGUUUGCCAACAGGCUGAGGAGAAGCUCUGUCUGUUUAACCAGAGGAACACUAUCUCAGGCUUCUAGAAGCUCUGUCUGUUUAACCAGAGGAACACUAUCUCAGGCUUCUAGAAGCUCUGUCUGUUUAACCAGAGGAACACUAUCUCAGGCUUCUAGAAGCUCUGUCUGUUUAACCAGAGGAACACUAUCUCAGGCUUCUAGAAGCUCUGUCUGUUUAACCAGAGGAACACUAUCUCAGGCUUCUAGAAGCUCUGUCUGUUUAACCAGAGGAACACGAUCUCAGGCUUCUAGAAGCUCUGUCUGUUUAACCAGAGGAACACUAUCUCAGGCUUCUAGAAGCUCUGUCUGUUUAACCAGAGGAACACGAUCUCAGGCUUCUAGAAGCUCUGUCUGUUUAACCAGAGGAACACUAUCUCAGGCUUCUAGAAGAGGACUAUAGUGUCUUGGGAGUCAGACUGUUUCUGAGAGACUCUGUCUACCUGGAGCCUGUGUUCUCUAUAACCUGUAGAGACUGUCUACCUAGAGCCUGUGUUCUCUAACCCGUAGAGAGAGACUGUCUACCUAGAGCCUGUGUCCUCUAUAACCCAUAGAGAGAGACUGUCUACCUAGAGCCUGUGUCCUCUAUAACCCAUAGAGAGAGACUGUCUACCUAGAGCCUGUGUCCUCUAGCUGCGUCAGUCAGUCGGUCUUCCUAUUGAAACCUCCAUUACAGCCCAUCCUUUGUUUUCGUCCGGGCUGGUGGGCAUCUGACCCCGAACCCUCAUGGAGAAGUUCCAGGCUGGGAUGGUCCUAGCGGGGGUGGGGGACGCGCUGGGCUACCGUAAGGGCCGCUGGGAGAGCUGCCCCUCUGGGACACAGAUCCAGGAAGAGCUGGCCUCUCUGGGGGGCCUUGGGGCUCUGAAACUGGACCCUGACAACUGGCCCCUCAGUGACGGAGCCCUGAUGCACAUGACCACCGCUGAGGCCCUCAUCACAGACUACUGGUGUUUGGAGGACCUCUACAGGGAGCUGGUCAGGGUGUAUGUUGAGGCCAUGGUGUCUCUCCAGGGUCGCCCUCCUGACCCAGCCACCGUGGAGGGAUGUGCUCACCUCAAACCCAACAACUUCCUGCUUGCCUGGCACACGCCCUUCAAUGAGAAAGGUUCUGGGUUUGGAGCAGCCACCAAGGCCAUGUGUGUGGGGAUGAAGUACUGGCAGCCUGAGAGGCUGGACAACCUAGUGGAGGUCAGCAUUGAGAUGGGGCGCAUGACCCACAACCACCCUACAGGUUUCCUGGGCUCUCUGACCACGGCUCUGUUUGCAUCGUACGCGGUGCAGGGCAAACCGCUGGUGACCUGGGGUCGCGACCUCAUGAAGGUCAUCCCCAAGGCCGAGGAGUACUGUAAGAAGACCAUACGCCACAUGGCAGAGUACCAGGAGAAGUGGUUCUACUUCGAGGCUAAGUGGCAGUUCUACCUGGAGGAGAGAGGCGUGGAGGAGGAGGGGCAGAACAAGCCCCUGUUUCCUGACACCUACAACGCUGAGGAGACAGACAAGGUGUAUAAGCGCUGGAGCUCAGAGGGCCGGGCUGGACGGAGGGGUCAUGAUGCUCCCAUGAUAGCAUACGAUGCUCUCUUGGCCUCAGGCUCCGACUGGACCCAGCUCUGCCGCCGCGCCAUGUUCCACGGAGGGGAGAGCAGUGCCACAGGGCUGAUAGCAGGCUGUCUGUACGGUCUCCUGUUCGGCCUGUCCCAGGUCCCUGAAGGGCUGCACCAGGAUGUGGACCGACGCAUGCGGCUGGAGGAGCUCGGAGCAGAACUGUACAAGGCAGCCUCCGCAGAGAGGAGCACAGAGAAAGCAGAGAGAGCAGCGAAUGCAGGGCCAUCAGGCCUCAUUGUGGACACCAGAACCCUGAGGAGGCUGGUUUGGGACCGGACGACCCGCCCGGAGCUCAGAGGGGUUCUGGAGAGCCUGCUCCACUACUUAACCCAGGACCUGCCCGGCCGGAGCCCCACCGCGAGGCCCCCUGAGAGGUUAGGGCUGGAGGUCAGUGUGGGGUUGGAGGUGCCCCAGUUCAGCAGGUGUGGAGGUCGACCAGCAGGGAGCGACGUCUCUAGACGCCUCACCUCCUUCCAGCUUCUCCAGGCCAAGUUCCUGAGGAACACCCCCAACCCUCCGCUCACUCACCGCCGGGAGGUGGGGGCCCUGGCACUGUCCUCCAGAGGGGGAGGCUGUGGGAGCCAGAGCCAUGGCAGAGAGGCCCCUAGUGGACAGGUUGAGGGCUGCUUUCCCAAAACAGGACGUGGAGUGAGAAAGGGGAACACUGUUAAGGAUGUGAUGACCAGGUUUGCCGCAGCAACGCAGAAAGAGAGGGGAGGGGCCACACAGGUGGGAGGAGCGUCGAAAAGACCCCGAGCAAUCGGCAAGGGGCAGCUACUGUCUGCCAUAAUGGACAAGUUUGAAACCAUGGUGACGGUGCACCGGGGAAGUGACGUGAGUUGCCAGAAGAAAAGCUCCUCUCCUGGUACCAGCUCCUCUGGACGUGUCAAAGAAUUAGUGAGUCGUCAGGAAGCAGAGGGACAACAGUGCUUAGGUCAACCAGGUCAACCCGUCAAAGGUCAGAGUUCAGUGAAGCAACAGGUUAAGAGUAAAGGCUGGGGACAGCAGAGGAAAGAGAACCCCUAUGGAGUACAGGAAGGAGAUAGAGGAUCAGAGAAGACAGUAGCUGGUCUGAAGGAUUCACUUCAACACAGAAAAGGGAGGAACUGGAAUCAGAAGGUGAAAGGUCACUCUGUAGUCAAUAAGCAGAUAAGGGCUCCAGGUUCAGAUCAAGAAACUGAAGGUCAGAUUCAGGAUUCAAUUAAGGAGGUAGAAGUUUGCGGUGCUAAUCAACAGGUAGAGACUCUGGGUACGAACCAACAGGUAGAGAUUCAGGGUACGAACCAACAGGUAGAGACUCUGGGUAUGAACCAACAGGUAGAGACUCUGGGUAUGAACCAACAGGUAGAGACUCUGGGUACGAACCAACAAGUAGAGACUCUGGGUACGAACCAACAGGUAGAGACUCUGGGUACGAACCAAGAACAGAUUGUUAGCUCAGGUCAAAGACGAGAAGGCCAUGGUUCAGAAUUUAACAAGGAGCUAAAGGUUCAGAGUGAAAACAUUGAAGUUAAGGCCUCAGUGGGUCAGGAAGUGGUGGUACAGGCUUCACAUCAGGAAAAUCAGGAUCCUGAUCAAGACAGUGAAGUUGAAGUUUCAGGUCAGGAGCUCAAGGCACAGGUUACAGGUCAGGAGGUCAAGGCACAGGUUUCAGAUAAGGAAUUAAAGGUACAGGUCUUAGGUCAGGAGCUCAGCUAUGUGCAGGUAGAGCUGCUCUGCUCUGCUGCAGUGGUCCAGUGGUCUCCCCCAGCACCCCAGGUAGGGAUACCUGAGGUAGAGGCCUUGCAGUCUGGGUACCUGGCAACGCUGCUCCCUUGUCCUCCUGUGUGGGCACUAGCUUCCUCUGUGGAUCCACCAGCACAGAAAUACUCAGGGUUAGGGUCCAAAACCAGGACCCUGGAAGGCUCACAUCUCUCCUACCCCUGUAAAAAACAGUACAUGGAUCCACCCCAACACCGGUCCACCCAGAGAGGCCAGCCCAGAUACCCCAUCCCUAGGAGGGCCCACGGCUCAGAAUCAGAACCAUCAGAACUGGGCCAGGCCCAUAACGCCAGCCUCUCACCCCCACCUUCUGAAUCUACGACCCCUGAUGUCAUGACCUCUGUCCCCACAACCCCUGAUCUUGACCUUUGCUUCCUGCCAUCAGCGCCCACAACGUCCAACCAGGAGCACCGCCCACAUGAAGCCAAACAGGAAGUAAAUGUCCUCAUGGCACUGCAAAGUGGGGAGGGGGAGGGGCAGGGUAGCGCUGUGAUGUCACACAAAGAUGAUGUCAUCACUAUGCGUGGUUCAAGUGUUGCAGAGCCAGAAAGACUACAGACAGAAAAGCAGGAGAGACCAAAGUACAGGACGUUAAACUACAGCGACCCUUCUGCGAAACUGAUUUAUAAACCCAGAAUCAUCCGAUUCACAGAUACCUUUAAUUUCUAAGUCACUCGUCCACUCACUCUGACUUCAGUGAUGCGUCCUUCUGUGAAGGAUAAAAGCCUUCUGAACAUUCUCUCUCCUCACAGUGAAACACAAUACACCUUCAAGGUCAUGCCAGCUAUCCCAUGUGUUGCUGUCCUCUGAAAGCCGUGGGGUUGCAGGAAGCAGCCUACGCUCUACGUGUGGUGAUUACUCAGAAGCUGUGUAAUGCUCUAAGUAGAGUAGCGUGUGUGUGUGUGUGUGUGUGUGUGUGCGCGUGUGUCGUCCGUACUGUAACAGUGGAAAGACAAACAGAACAGCGGUGUUAAACAUUGACUAAGCUAAGCCUAAUCUUUAGAAUGGGAUUUUCGUGGAAAACAAUGUGAAGCAAGAAUAUCAGGACUUAAACUGUAGCUAUGACAACCGAGUCAAACGAACCUCUGCUCUUUAUCAGAUUAAAGAAACUCAAUCCCUUAUCUUGUAGUUAUUGUAUUGUUGACGUUGUGAUCAAUCUGAAACAGUUUUACUGUUCCCUUCGAAUCAACCUUUCAUUCAUUAGCCGGUUUGAGUUAGCUCUACUGACCUUGGCGUAUCUAUACUCUCCCUAAGGCUCGUGACUAUUGUCGUUAUCACAAGUAAACCGGAACUAAGGUACCAUACAUUUAAUUUAAUGUCAUUAGAAUAAUCUCCGAGAUUAGGGACAUAUUUGGCCGCGACAUGUAUCAAUGAAGAUUUACAAGAGAAUCUUUGUUCAAAUGUUGACCCCCAGAGGGUUAAUUUUUUUCUGGAAUGUUCCAAGGUGACAGAUACACCCGCACAGGUUGUUUGUGUGCCAGCUAGAUGUUCUACGACCACAACACGGUAAAUGUGCCCUCACUGCCAGUGUUUUGGCUACAGACAUGGACUAUAACCUGGGGAAAUAACCCACUUAUCUCAUACUAUUCACACCAGUCGCCUUUCACUGACGGGUGGAAAAACAGCCCUAAACACACUAUUUUUAUGCUAAGAAAUGGACGAUGUGCACUUGUAUUGAUGGGUUAUGCUCAAACACACAAAGACAUACAACUGUAUAUGAGGAUAUGUCUUUAGAUUCAUACUAAUUUGAAGAUGUAGCUACUUCAAAUAUUAAUUUCAGAAAUUUAACAGAGAUUUUUUUUUUUUUACA